AUGAAGUUCCUCGCUGGUGCCUCCCUCCUCGUCGCGGCGGCCAACGCCAUGCCCACCUCGCUCGGCGAGCGCGGCAGCGACCAGGUCUGUAACGCCGCUCGUUCCGUCUCGAUCGUUGUCGACUCGUCGGCCUCGAACAAGGGCACUGACCCCAACAACCUCCGUCUCGUUGCCUCGACCGACGUCAUCAAUGGCCUGAACUUCCAGCAGGACCGCGUCUCGGUCGUCUCGUUCAACGACCAGAGCACCCUCCGCUACGCCCUCGGCAACGACAAGAACGCCGCUCUCCAGGCCAUCCAGCAGAUCGACGCCAAGGGCAACACCAAGAUCUCUGAGGGUCUUGCCCAGGGUCUCGAGCAGAUCAUCAACCUCGGCCAGGACGCCCGUGACCACGCCGGUGUCGUCGUCUUCACCGACGGCCUCGACUACACCAAGCCUCAGCAGCUCAAGCUCCUCCAGAAGGCCAAGGAGGCUGGUAUCCGUGUCUCGUGGGGCCACCUUUCGGCCGACGAGGUCCACCCCAAGAACGGCAAGCGCGACGUGAUCGGCCCCGACGGCCAGCUCGAGGAGCGCACCUUCGGCAUGCUCAAGAAUGUCAUGUCCUCUGUCAUCUCGAUGUUCUGCGGCAUCGGCGGUGGUGGCUCCACCGGCGGCUCGACCGGUGGUUCGACUCACACCGGCUCCGGCACCGUCAACCAGGGCGGCGGCUCCAACAUUGUUGUCCGCCCCUCGUCGCCUCUCGACCAGGAGAUCUCGGCCGCCUGUCUCUCCACCGGUGGAACCGUCUCCAUCAUCGGUAACGCCAACGCUCAGCAGUCGUUCAUCCAGCAGGUCAUCAAGAACGGUGUCACCAACAACGACGGCCGCUGCUCCGGUCUCGACAUUGAGGAGUCUGGUGGUCUCCUCAAGAACAACGUCACCUCGCUCGGCCUCUGCUCCAACAACGCCCACGCCGAGUUCACCUACACCCCCGAGAAGACCAAGGAGAAGCUUGCCUUCACCGUUUCGCUCGUCUCCACUGCCAACAAGGUCUCCCUCAAGGCCGUCUUCGAGAACACCGCCAACGGUGCCCGCAACGAGAUCCUCGUCAACUCGCAGAACCCCUCUCUCAUGCUUACCGGCGAGGCCAACGUUGGUGAGAAGGUCAAGGUCUCGAUCCAGCCCAACGGUGCCUCCGCCGACACUUGCCAGUACUCUGUCGGUCUGAUUGCCGUCGCCGAUGAGCUCGUCCAGUCUGCUUCCUCUUCGCUUGUUAUCGAGGGCACCCUCAUUGAGCAGGGCACCAUCGUCGGCGAGCACACCGGCAACGUCGAGGAGCACGUCUCGCAGACCGUUUCGCAGGGCCAGGAGACCGGCUCGUACUCUGAGACCAUCUCAUCCGCCACCGCUUCGCAGACCGCCACCUCCGAGACUGUUUCCAAGACUGCCUCGUCGUACACUGAGGGCUCCUCCACCGUCUCCUCUGUCACUGGCACCUUCCCUACCGACAUCAUCUCGACCUCGCACACCGCCUCGUCCGAGACCGUCUCGAGCUUCACCUCGAGCGCCACCUCCGAGACCAUCUCUUCGCAGACCAUCUCGUCUGCCACUCAGUCGCUCGAGUGCCCCACCCCCUCGGCUCAGACCGUGACCCAGACCGAGACCAAGACCGUCUCCGUCACCGGCUCUGCCCAGCCCACCGAGGCCAUCUGCCUCUGCAAGUGCGAUGUCAAGGGUGCCAAGCCCUUCCCCAAGGUCAACGAGCUCUAA